AUGUACCAGAACCCCAACAGGUAACUUUACCAAGAGGAAUCAUCUCUGUUUUUUUUCCUCUGUGAUGUGUCCGUGUACUGAUCUUUACUGUCCUCCACACAGAAUGUCCUGGUUCAGUGGUUUCCUAGUCGCUAGAGUGGAUGACCGCAAGACUGCGUGGGGGGAGCGUAAUGGCAAGAAGUCCAAACGAAAGGGAGGUUCAUCUCUCUGCAACCCGCGUUACAUGAGCUGUCUGCGGGACCCCGAUGCUAUGGAGCCCUCCUCUGGAGCCCCCCUCCAUCAGCACCACCGAGGAGGGGUGGCGGGGGCUGUGGGAGGCGGGGGAAACUUUGGCGUCCGUUGCGGUUGGCAGGAGGACCACUACGGCAAAAGGGAAGGGGUCGGGCUGAAAUCGGUCGACUUGGGUUUUGAGGACGGGGAGUUGAAGGGGAGGAAAGGGGGAUGUAACGGAGGCAGCGGAGACGUUGGCGAUGAGGGUCCCAACGGCGCAGGAGGUGUAGUGACAGCUGCGGACUGCUGGCUCAGGGUGGUGCGGGUGUUCCAGUCAAAAAAAUUCCAGUCUCGCAAACUGGAGCGCCUAUACCAGCGUUACUUCUUUAGGCUGAACCAGAGUUCCUUGACCAUGCUCAUGGGGGUGCUUGUGAUCGUGUGUGGCAUCAUGCUGACCUUCCACUGUGUCCACGCCCCCCCACAAGUGGCCUAUUCGUCAGCCCUGUCGGUGGCCAUGGCGUUGUUCAUGGCUCUUAUGGUGGUGUGCAACCGCAACGGCUUCCACCAGGACUACAUGUGGAUGGUUAGUUACCUGGUGAUCGGAGUCUUGCUGUCGGUUCAGGUGUUCGGGGUGCUCAUGGUGGCACCCAGGAGUGCUUCGGAGGGCAUCUGGUGGUCUGUGUUCUUCAUCUACAUCAUCUACACUCUGCUGCCUGUACGGAUGAGAGCAGCGGUGCUGAGCGGAGCUGUGCUGUCCAUCAUACAUGUGGUAACCACCUGGCAGAUCAACCAGGAAGACAAGUUCCUCUGGAAACAGGUAAGAGAUCCCUGACAUGUGGAUGUUUUCACUUUGUCAUCUCAAAGACUCCAAAAUCAGGCAUCUGGACUGUGUAGAGUCGAGAAGAUUUUUAACCUCUUAUCCGAGAAGCUUCUUCAGUUCUGAAAUAGCUAGUGAGGGGAGCAGGUAUUAUCUUACAUAGAAGGGGAAAACAACGAUUGGGAGGAGUUGGAAUGAAUGGGUCAUAGAAACUCAUCUCCGGGUGUUUAUCCCGGUGUCUACAACCCAUUCUUCCAACUCCUCCCAAUCGUUGUUUUCCCCUUCUCCAGUAAGAUAAAUACCUGCUCCUCUCAAUAGCUAUUUCUUGGAUAAGAGGCGAAACGUCUUCGAGAUAACCAUGACCUGGAUGAAUGAGAAUCUACAUGGACUUUUCGCUUGGUCAUGUUUGACAGGAAGAGAAACUUCACAUUAACAAGGAAGGGGAAACAUUUUGAAAUGUCUGCUUUCAGUCUUCCUUCACUUCAGUUUUCAGCACCUGAUGCCAAGUCUUCAAGCAGGUUUCAUAUCUCAAAUCAGUGCACAUAAUCAGUCCGAUUACCACACACCCAGCAGAUAUAACAACAUUGGCUCAGUUGGACUUCAUUGGCGUCAUCUGUCAGAUCAAAAUUUCUCACUCUUAGUCCCUCUGCUUCUGUUUUUAUUCUUCAUCAUUUUAUGAGCUUAGAGUUGGUUUGUCACUUAGUACAAGCUGGAGAGCUGCAGGCUGUCCAUGCAGUGAUCAGUGAGAGCUGUAAAACGGAACAAAAUAAAGGCUAAAAAAUGGCAAAAUUCUCAACGUGGAGUACUACGGCUGUGAAAUAUACAGGAUUUCCUGGAAGACAGAACAAUUAAUACUUCCCCAAACAUCGUUCAUGAUCAGACGGAAGUGUGAGGUGUCCUGCUUUGGGGAAACAAACCAUCAUGUAGUUUGUCAUAUCACUUUGUUCAGGAAAUCAACCUUUGGCCAGUGUGUUUGUGGGUCUGUUUUAUGUGCCAGAUCAGGAGGAGAAGAUAGUGGUGUCAUUGAGAGUUGAAACAAGAUUCUUGUUCAGCUGUCAGAGGAUUUGAUGAGUAGAAGAAGUUUGAAGCUGUCCAGCAGAGAGAUGUCUUCGUAAAGUUUGAGAGGAAAAUUGGAAAAUCAGGAAACACUUGAGUUUUUUUUUAAUCUGAUUGAUCUUUGUGUUGCUCCACGCUUAGAGGCCUUUAAGAUGUCUCCUCUGUCAUGAUGUUUAUGAUAGGACUUUGGAGGUAUUCCGCAAAACUAUCGCAGUGUAUUUUAGCAUAUGCAGUUUUUUUAGUCUUCUUCACAUAUAAUCUGGUCAUCGUGGGUCUUGCUGCACAGUCAGUGUGUUGUUUGUGCGUCAUGUGCAAAGGACCGAGGGGGCUCGCUGAAGGUCAGUGGGCUGAGUGAUCCAGCCUGGCUGGACAACGUUAUGUCUGUGUGUGUGUGUUUGUGUGUGACAGUGGGAGAAUACCAUGAUAUAAAGCAGUAUCACUCAGGUCUCUGUGCUCUCACACAAGGGACGCUUUGUACUUUUUUUCCAGGGGUGGGGUGACAGGGGUGAGGACAAGAAGUGAAGGGGUGCACAACACAUUAUGGUGGACGCUUUUCCUCCAGCGCUGCCAAAGCUGUUUUAUGACUGUCAUCUCCUAUGGGAAAAGUUAUACAUAAAGGAAGCCAUUACUGAAACAAUAGGGGGAUAUACGACUUAAUUAUGACUCACUGAUUGUGUGAAAUGCUGCUGCCAUCACUUGUGAUAUGCAUUCAGUAAGAUAUCCCUUCAGAUGAAAAGUAAUUGCAGUCUAUAGAAGAACACAACUUAAAUGAGCUACUUAAGCAAACGUCAUUUUGUCAUAAUAUUGUGAUUUUAUUGUGAAGCAAUACUCUGUUUGGGAUUCGUGGGAACUUGGUAAAGAGCUGUGUACUCUGUAGUAUCAUGCAUGAUAUACCAUAGUGUAAUCCAUCACAGUUUUGAGUACCGCUGCCAUCGUUAAGUGAAUGAAUGUCAUGAGAUAGCUGCAGCCGAACAGUACGGUUUAUUUCUAAAGUCGUCUUGUGUACUGUGUGACACAGUGAAACAGCUUCAUCAAUCACUGCUUCGCGCUUGUGUGCAAGUAUUUCCUCUUUCUCCGAUAACUCAUUAACCUCCCCGGGGUUUUCUGUUGGUGUUGGUGUUUCCAGAUAGAGAUAACGUUGUGUAUGUUGAUUGCUGCAGAUCCGCUUUUUUUUGUGCAGGGAUUUAGACUGAAUCGGUGCACUUGAGCGGAGUCGAGAUGUUACUGUUAAUUGAGCAGUAACUACUGUAGAUACUGUGUGUUGUCUCAUGGGCCUCCCUGCUCUUUCAUGCAUGUGCAGAUUGUGUUGAUUUCAGGAAAUAUGAAAGCUGAUUCAUUAGCAAUCACAGAAGAAAAUCUACUUUUUAACAAAGCUACUCUACAAAAUAUACACUUCCCUAUUUGUUUGACACUCAAAGGUGUUGUACAGUAGGAGCAUAAAAGCAUUAGGAGUGAGACGAUAUGCUUUUCUCCCAAUUCGAUCGUUCGAUUUUUUUGGACGCUGAUUCGAUUCAAAUUGCAGUUCUACAAUAUUGUCGAUUUUUAGUCUGCAUUGUCUACUGACUAUUCCAGGAACCAUAUUUCCCCAAAACAUACACAUCACAUGUAAGUCAGUUUUUAAGAUUUAUUCUUAAAUUUGAACCAAAAAAAAAAAAGAUUUUUGAACAAAAAAGUCGAUUUAAAAAUUGUGACACUUAUGUGAAUUGAUUUUUUUCUCCCACCACUAAAAAUAUGGUAAAUACAUACAGAGUCUUCAUGGAUUUAGCAAAAGUAUAAACAUAAAAACACACGUAUUUGUUAACAGUCUACUCAGAAAGCAUGCACAGAGCCUCAGCUGUGAAACUUUUGAGGCUCAAGGAGUUAAGAUCUUUUUGAAUUGUCUUCAUUUUCCAGACACGUAUUUAAAAAUUAAGAUUUAUUUCAUGUUGUGUUUAAUAUUGUUUCAUUUUUAGUCUGGCAUUUGCUUUGCCCUUUGUUGCAUCCUGCUUAUGAAAGGUGCUUUUGAUGUAAAUAUACCUACUCAAGCACCACCCUGAUGCACUAGUUUUUUACUUAUUCCUCUUGAUAUAAGGUCGAGGUUUAGUGUAGUAAUGUCUUUACAUGUAACUUUGAUUAGAAUACCUGUUGUAUCUCUGAAAAAUUUAAAGGAUGACACUGUCAAUCCAAAGAUUGUCUUCUUCUGAUAGAGAUUGACAGGUUCUGCAACAGUCUCUCCACUUUGCACCAAAACUCAGCCAGAACUUCCUUUUGUGAUUGCCAGAACGGUUUCAAUCAUUCGAGACAAAUACAAAAAGUCAGAGAAGAAAUUACUGAGAAAACAAAAACCUUCCAAGUUGGAAGAAAGAAACCAGCAUGAAAUACAGAGAUAGAGUUUCAUGUGGGGAAAAAUGUUUCCACGUAUCCUCGAGUUAAAAGUUUGAAGAGGAAUUUUCUUCUUCUACCGAUUGCUGAUAAGGCAGAUUUGCUCAGGUUGAUGUGACAAAAGUCCUCAGGUAACACAGAUUCCCUAAAAAUAGCACUUUACUUCUGAACUAGAAUUUCAUACGUCACGGGGCAAUGUCCGAGUCGACUGCGAUCGUCAUCAACAAAUCUCUGCCUGCAGCUCUCUGACAUCACCAAAGACCUGCUCUGGAGGGUCUCUGGCCUGGAAAACCCACUAUUUUUAACUUUGUAUUCGUGGAGGUCUUACAGGGCUCAAUCUGUGCUCCCUCACAGACAGAUUAUUCCACAUCAUGCAUGAAGUAUAGUUAGGUGACGCAUCUCAUGACAGUUACGUAGUUAGCUUUUGUCAUCAGACCACAUCACAACAGCGGUGCAGCUAGCCUAACAGGCUUUGUGUCCAUGCCCCAUAUAUGGAGGGUGUCCCUCAAGUGGUUUGCCUAGGUUCACUUCCAGUCUGUGGCUACUUUCCCACAUGUCCCUCCUUGUUCUUUUUCCCCGUUUCCUGUCCAGUCCUCUCCAAAUGAAUCCAAAAAGCCUCGAAAUAAGUCGUUAAACUUUUCAAAUCGGAUAAACAUUUUUCGGGGUAAAAUUUAAAGUAUGAUCUCGAUGAUGUUGCUUUGGAGGUAGAUGCAAAUAUUCCGUAAUUCGGACAACUUUAUUAAUCGCUGAAGGGCAAUUCAUUUCACAGUAACCCACGUUAUUAUUAAACGAUGAAGGAACAGACAAAUGCCAGACAUUUACAGCAGCAUAUGGCCCAAACAUUCCCCUGUCAGCACCACAAAUCAGCAAUAAAUAAAUAGAUAGAUAGUAAAUACAUGUGCAAUAAGAAAUAUGCAAUAAAAGAAGUAAAAUAAUCCUGACACCACAAUUUCAACACAGGCCAGCGAUCUGCUACUUCCCAGCAUUUAGCAGCAUUUUGUAGAAAUGUUCCUGAGAAGGCAGUAGAUUUAACAAUCAAGUUUUUUUUUUUUUUUUUUUACAGUGAAAUCUGUCAAAAUAUGUUUGAAACAGGACGAUUUGUUGAGAAAUAAUAAGAAGAACUUUGUUGACCCCUGAUGGAAAAUUCAAUAAAGCCACACAUUUAAAUCAAGUAUAUAUAUCUGAAGGAGAACUGACCUUUUUAUGAUAAAUCUUUCUCAAUCACACUUAGUGACACAUUUAGUGAAAUAAAAUUUAAUCAUGUGAGAAUUCAGUCCAGGGAUAUCCAUAAAAAAGCAAAAAAAAGUCCUGAUCAUUUAGCAUUUUCAAAAGAAAAGAAACUAUUUAAUCUGUGUGAAAACGACAAACAUAAAUCCACAAUUAUACGUGACCACUCUACUGUUGUACAUGUGAGUUUUUGUAAGUUGUAUGAUUGUUUUUAGAGUUUAUACCUAAUAUUAUUCCUGUCUUUGCCAAUAGAACCAGAGUAAAAAGAGGCUCAUCUCUAAGAAACGUUUCAUGAUUACCUCUUUGAAUUCACGUCCUUUAAUCCCUUCAAAUCUUUACUAACACAUGCGAUCCAUCUGUUUGCGUCUUAAUCUCUGUCGCUCCUGGCCUCCUGGUUGGUGUGUGUGUGUGUAUGUGUGUGUGUUUUUUCAGCUGCGUACAGUAAACUCAAGUAUCUGUCCUUUCGCUUCACUUUGAGUGUCUCAUUGCACACGCACACACACUCCAUAAAGCAGCAUUUGACCCGCCUUGUUACACGCAGGCCUGCUUUCAAAACAAACACCGACCAGUUUUGAAGCGGUGUCAUGUAAAAGACCUCGAACAGGGACGUCAUGUUCUGUAUGAACUCCACUGAUUCUUCUGUUUUUAUGUGGCUCCAUGUCUGCUAUUCUCAGAGCUCCCAUCUGAAAUCAAUUAUCCGUAGAGGUACACGACAUACACAUGUGCAUGUCCCACCCAAGCGCACAUCUACACACACACACACGCCUUCCCAUGUUUUGUUGCUGCUGUCACUUUCCCUUCUAGUCUUGAAUGAAUGUUUGACAGAAUUGCUGCUGUUUGUUUUUGUGAAGAAACUCUUGUGUUGGUGUAUUUGUGUAGGUGUUUGUAUAAGUGACAUAUACUGUUAAUUCUUGAAAACUGCGCCCGUCAUCUAUCAGAGCACGCUUCGUUUUUAACACACUGAUCUCCGGCGAUAAAGAUUGUUGGAUUGUGUCAUAAAAAACUUGUCAUACUUGUACACUCUAUCCCCCCCGAGGUGUUUUUUUUGCCUCCAGCCCCUCCUGACAAUGACAGUGGUAUUGUUGUGUGUCAGUGUUAUUGUCAGUGCUGUAGGAGGUCAAAGACUGGUUCCUAAAAAUACUCAGCCCUCGGCGUUUCUGCUAACUGUUGCGUCAUAUGGAACAGUCUUAUCAGACCCUGCGUCAGAGCAACAGGCAGGUCACUCCAACCCCGGUUUUCUCCGCAUGCACACAGCGCUGCGAUUUCCUACCCUGAAACACUACACUGGUGCUGAGGCUUAAACUGUAUAAUCACAGGUACUGCAGCCGUUUAUUUAUCUCUUUUUGUUGCUAAUGAAGUGUAAUGCAUUUUGGGAUGGAUGUUUGAUCUUUGACCGCAGCGGAGAUAAUGGGUUAAGCCCCUAAAAGCCCAUUAAUUCAACACAGAGGGCAAAUCAGGCCUCUGUGGACUCCGGGUCAAUGCAUUUCACUGUCGAGCUUCGCUGUGUGUUUAGAUGUUUUUAUUCGGCAGAUAAGAUAAGGGACAGAAGUUUCAAUACAUCCACUGUGGAUUUUGCGUCACGCUUUCCAAAUGGCUGUUACUCAAUUUCAAAAAUUUCCAGGAUCUUUUACGACGCAUAAAUGCAUCUUAAUCAGCGUUAAUCUCACGCUGUAUCAAGUGCAUCAGCUGUUCACAGUUUCACAGCAGCCUCCUGGUGCUGGAAUAACCUUGUGUGUGCAUCACGCAUCAAGAUGGGAGAUUUGGAUCCCAGUGGAGGAAGUGUCAGCCUGUGAUGAUCACCUAUGCGAGGCCACAGCUAUAGAAAAAGACACUCUGUUAUGAGGAGGAGGAGGAGGAGGCAGAGAGGCGGCGUGAUCGGAGGGAGAAUCCGAUAUUCUCCCCACGCAGUCCUUCCACAGCCUCCUUGAUAAAUAAUUUGUGUGUUUAACGCCGCAGCAGCAUUUUAACUAGGAUACCUGUCACAUGUGCUUGUUACUCACGACCUGGAUGAGCGCUGACUGAUACGAUCCAAACACGCUCAUAGAAACACAUGACAGCUCUUCCUAAAGGCUCCAUGUGUGUUGCAUCAUCGCAUCAGAAUUGACGCACUGAUGCGACAUAAUGAGAUGUGAUCAGUCAUUUUGUAAAAAAAAAAAAACAUCCUGUGUAAAUACAUUUCACAGGUUUAUAACUGUCUGUUUGUACUUGUGUAAGGAUUUCUUGGAUGCAAACACAGACACGCACACACAUGCCACCACCGCCAAUCAGCCAAUCUGUGCACCAAUCAGAGUGCUGGGUGCUGGGGGAGAGAGGGGGGGGAUGAGUUAUCAGUUUAGAAUCACUUCUGAGAAUGAUAGGGAAUAAACAGCAUCGCUAAGUGUCUCCCCUCAGUGAUUGUGUUCAAGCCAGUCCAGUGGUUGCCAUGGAAACAACUACGACUCAAGCUACCGAGACCCAGUUCAGCCUGCUGGUGUGCGUGCAUGUGUGCGUGUGUGUGUGUGUGUACAGUUUGGUAACCGUUGCUUCAAGUGAAGAGAGGAGAGGAACAAAAAAAUCAGGUCAGAAUUGAUUUCUGCUGUUCACUUCUCCUUCUGAGAAUGUGGACGCCGGAGAUGGCGUGAGGGGCAGCUUUCGAGAAACGCUGCUGUUUGGCCUGUUAAGAUGGAUUUCGCCCCCCCCCCCCCCCCUGCUGUCAAAAUGAGACCGUCCAUAAUUAAACAAGGCAGUGACAGAAGAGAGGUCAAAGGGGUGGAGGUGGAGGGGAGUCGAGAGGGAGGGAUGCACACAGGAUGUUGUUUGCCAGUUGUCUGGUUCAGCGAAGCUUAUCUCCAUUCUGCUUGGUAUGACUGUGCAUGUUUGUGGCCCCACUAAUCUGGAGACUAAAGGAUGGUCUGUAGAGUCACUAAGAAACAGGCCUUUCUUAUACUUAUUAUCUACAGAAAAUGGAUAGUAUUGCUGGUUACGACUCAUUUACCUCCCUAUGUUAGCAGGGGCAGAGUGGAGGGGCGCCCAGAGGUGGCUAUGAUCCUCUUUAAAACCUCAUUAGCUACCUUUAAAUCCUUAACCAUGAUGACUAUUUAGCUUCUCAGAGGAAGGCCUUUAAACAAAACCAACCACUGUCUCUGCAUUUCAGUGAGGCAUAUGUCCUUAUGGUUUAAAUUGUUCCUUUCUCAGCCUUUGUAGAACGCGGCUUAACACUCAAACUACCAAGGCAGUCAUUUUGACUACUUUCAAAAUUUACAAAGUCAUAACUUUUGUCUGACUUUUCCUACAAGUGUGCAUAUUUUAUUCUUACAUUGUUAUAUUUCAAUAUUUGCUACGUUUUCCCGCUCUUUCUCCUGCUCUAUUGUUAGUUUUGUACUUUAAGCUCUGUGAUGCUAAAAUCUUGAUAUAACUUUACUCAAAACUCAAGAGACUCAAAAAUGAUAACUAGAAGAAAAAUGACAAGGAGGCUUUAGCCUUGCUUCAGAGGCUUGAUGAGGAAGAAUCAGAUGGAUGAGCAGGUUCAGGAAAUGAUCUCAUUCAUUAUGAUUUUCAUUUUGUGUACUGAUGUAUUUUUUUUUAAUCUAUUCUACCAAUUUACUAUUAGUUUUUAUUGUUUAUUAUCCAAUUUAUGCACAAAUUAAGAUUGAGCAGUCAAAAUGAUUGCCUAUGGUCAUUCUAGUAGUUGCAGAAUUUUGGUAGACCGAGUGUUAAAUUCACCAUUAGACUCUAUACUGUAUUUUUCUCACUAUAAGGCGCACCUGAUUAUAAGGCGCACCAUCAAUGAACGUGUCUAUUCGCAUCUAUUUUCAUACACAAGGCGCGACAAAUUGUAAGGCGCAUUAAGACAAACAAAACAGUCAGAUAAGUCAAACUUUAUUUAACUCAUUCAAUAACUCUGCGAGGCUACGGUAGCUGCAGUGCUCCAACAAGCCAAACGGAUCCUAAGUGCGCCUUAUAGUGCGAAAAAUACGGUAGUCAUAAAUGGAGAUAAAAGUGGUCAACAAAUAUGAAUUAUUUGUAUGUUUGUGUGUCUGUAUAUUUAGUGUGCAUAAUUCAUCCCAUCCCUACAUAAGUCAUAAGCUCCAUGAGCUUGACCGCCGCGGUUAAGACAGUCUAGACACGCCUCUGAAUGUCGGAUUGCACAGUUAGUUAGUUUCAUCAUUGCAAUAUGAGCAUUUGUAGCAGUAUGAGGUUGUUAUAAUCAACAUUAGAGAUUAGAUUAGAUAGAUUCCAUUUGGAAAAACAAUCAUCAUCAGAUUAAAAAUUAAAUGAGUUAUAUCUGCAGACACUGCAGGCAGCCUUGAACAAUGUUAACACCCCCUAAACAAUGACACACAAAUCCGAAACGGUUCCUGACUCCUGUGUGAUGUUUGUAUUCAGUUACAAUGUGACUCUGUUUGAUAUAAUCUGAAUUGUGCAGGCUCGCUCGAAUGUUGACAUGUCUCCUCUCACCGGCUUUUUGUUUAAUCACAGCUGUAAUCCUUGAACCUGUCGUCUGUCCUUGCAGGGGUCCCAUGCCUUCUAAAAAAAAACUUGUUUAAUGUAAGAGCUUUCAUUCUCCAAAGCUGCCUUAAUUCCACGCAGAUUUUGUUGUUCCUAAAAUAAGAACUCUUUUCACUCAUCCCCAACGCCAGAAUACUUUCAUAGUCACACUCUCCACAGUAGUCACACCCGCACAGUUGGCGAGAAGUGAGUGUGUUGUGUGGUUUUUCAGUGUUAGGACCCCCAGCAUGUCUCUGUCCAUGUUUACAGAAACAAGACUGAAGAAAAAAGAAGUUUGAACCGGGUCCCUGUGAAUCUGGCUCACAGGCUUUACAUUACAAGUAGGAACCAGGUUGUACAUUAUGUAUGGGAUGUGAAUGGUCUUGUGUUUCAGUGCACAAUGCUUGAAAGAGGGCGGAAAAGAAACUGCAGUAAAGCAAACAAAUUGAAUUAUUUUUUGACCGGUGUCAUACUUCAGUGUUGACAACAAAAAGUUGAUCCUAAAAAUAUGUUGUGACUGGCUUUCUGAAUAGGGGGGAAAAAAAACAAUAGCAGCACAUUUCCUGUUUUGAAAGAUAUUUUAUCAGCAUCCCACAUUUUGUUGUUUUGUGAUUUAUCUGAUUCAUCACACGCCUGUUUACAUUUAUAGUUAUACUGAGACCUACAAAACCAUCACUUUGAACAACAAUAACUUCAACUUUAAAUCAGGAGGGUUCACACAUACAGAAAAGCAAGCCCAAAUAAGCAACUACUAGUUAAAAACAAGCGACUUCUGAGAGAAACAAGCCUUAAGUUGUUUAUAAUAAGUGGACUUGGCAACUCAAAGGCGUCUACGUACAUUUUGCCGAUGUUUAAACUUGUCUCUGUUCACGAAUGCAGAUCUAGGGUGUACGCAGGUGCGUCCAAAUGGAAAUAAAACAUUGGCUAGGUUUUCAAAAUAAAAGCAACACACUUGUAUAGCAUGUUGAUGAUUUGAUUGACGGACCUCAUGAAGGGCUGGAUGUGGCCCUCGUGCUGUAAAAUGCCCAGGUUUGAUCUAGACAAUUGAUUUAGAUUAGAUUGAUCGAGAUGACUGGACAUUUAAGACACAAAAACAAAGAUUUGAACUUGUUAUGAACAGAAUAACUGCUUCCUGUGAACGCCACCUGACUGAACUUUGAGACAAAGUGUGAAAUUUACUUAACAGGCACUUACAAGCAAACUUUUAAGGAGCAAAAGAGUGAUGAAGAUGUGCACUAUGUUUUUGUCGAGUGUAAGGGAAUUUAGAUACAUGACAUACACCUUAACUUAGGUCUUGUAGUGUCGAUAUCUGUGUUUGGUAUUCAAAAAAAGUCUGCCUCAACAAUUAAGGAGUUAGUAAAUUAUUAAUUUGAAGAAAUUUUCCCUUGAAACAAUUUUUGCAUGCCCUUUAUUCCCAUUAUUUUGUUCAUGCUGGCUGAUAUGAAGCAAGCAAAAACAAAUUUUAAACUUUGCUCAGAAACUCUGAACAUGGCCCAGAAGAGAUUCUUGUAUCAGCGUUCCUACACAAGUAGGGAAAGUUUGGAAAAGUAUGGAAGUAUUUUGAUCAAUUUCCAUGUCUCUAAAAGUAUAUUAAAUGGAAAAUAAAGUUUGGGAACAUAAUUAGGUUUCUGGACUAUUGCCACACGAAAAAAAGAUGUUUUCUAAAAUGAUUCCAAAAAGUAGGGUAUGGAAAAUUAUGGAAAUUCCAACUGUGUAGGAACCCUGUUGUAUGUUUUUAGGAGAAGCUGUGUCCCAGAGUUAAAGCAGGUCAUCCUCUUAUUGAAUGAAUGUCAGUUUGGUUCCUCUCUUUUGCAGUUUACAAGACUAAGCGUCCUCUGGCUGGUGUGUGGAUGUGUAUGAAUGGGAAUAGUCAGAUCCUGUAUGGCAGCCUGGCAUUUGAAUAGCUUCCUUUAGUUUAUGUAUAUUUGUGCGUGUGUGAGUGAAAGGAUAACUGUGACAUUUAGUUGAAAGCCCUGGGAGUCACUGGGUUCAUGCAGUACAUUUGACUUUUACAAAAUGUUUACUUUUAUGUUUAAGUCCGCUCAUCCAUUGCAUAAAUGUUACUCUCUGCAUGUCUGUUCACCCCUGUUUUAUGAGAGGCGCAGGAAGGAAGCUAACAGAGUGCUUUUUUACAAGCCUGUCAAAGGCAUGACAAACUGUAUGUUCUCAUUAAACCCUCCCAAAAAAACAUGGGAUACAAAGCAAGGGCAGACAAGUGUUAGGAAAACCUUUUAUUGCUGUGUAAAACUCCGCUCAGAAAUGGUUUUAUAUCUGGAGAAAUGAAGAACGUCCUCCAACACUUUGAUUGAUUUUGUCUCGGAAAUCUUUUGGAAAAUGAUUUCCUGAGAAAGAACAAAACUCUGCCCUGCUGUUCAUCACAAAUCACAGAAAUGACGAGGCUGUACAGGUGAUUAUGAGCCAAAAUAUUUUUGGUCUGCAGCUUGAAAGUUUAAUUUUGCGAAGUGUUUUUAACACUGGAAGACACACACACACACACGUCUUAUAGUAAUGUGUUUCAGUUAGCUGCAGUCAGUGUGUAGACCACCGGGGCUGAGUGUGCAGGCGGGGCUUUGACUCUUUAUCUGUUGAUGUGGUUCUGGUCAUUUCAGAUAAGGGCAGAACGAGCUGUGUGUAGACACGAGGCUCAGGCUGAGUACACAAACCCAGCAGCUGCCUGGCACCACACACACACAAACACACACACACGCAAAGACUCUUUCACAAAGGCUCAGAGUGACAGUGAGCACGAGUCAGAGUGGGAGCAGGCAGCAGAAAAAUAAAUGAAAUAAAGGGAUAUGAAAAUAAAUAAGCCACGCUUUUAAGGAGAGAUAAGGGACAACCUAUGGAGGAGACUUUCAUGUGUAAAGCUCGAGUCAUUGUGUUUAGGGUGCAAUGAGUGUGUUUUACAGAGCCUGAUCAAACACAGACGCUGUAAAAAGUUCCAGAUGCUCCUCAAAGGCCGAUGAGCUCUCACUCGCACUCUCACUGGCCCUGAUUCAACAACAAUAUCCCAUCAGUCAUUGCUCCCUCUGGGAAAAGGUCAUAUAAAUUCAGAGUCUUGUUCUCCACUCUUCCGCGGCUGGUCCGCCGGGUUAAAUGUCUUUCUCCAUGUUCGCAUGAAAAGUUGUUUUUCUCGUGAGUUAAAGAGACUUCAGAAGUUUAAAGCGAGGCUCAGCGGUUCGCUUUUUUUGCUUUUUAUAAAACAGGGAUGGUCUUCACUCAGGGCAUGAGAAGCCUGUCAAGUUUUUGAUUUCUCCUCUUGUACAUCAACACAGGAGGUCAUGUUUUGAGGACCAUUAGUAAACUACACAAGCAGGCCAAGAACUAUAGACUCUGAGGCUGAUACAGAUCCAACUCACAGACGAGUGAGAGAAACACAUCUACCAAAAUGUAGACGCGCUUUAGCCCUCCAAAUCACUUUUUCCUUACCUUCUGAGUAAUAAACCUUUUUCUGAAGAAGUUCGUGUGAGAAAAACCAGAUUCAAAAUCUCCUGAGGAUACAAUAUGUUCAGCCUACUCUGUGCGAGUUUAAUAAGUGCGUGUGACAGAUCCGUCCACCCCACCCCUGCGCCCCGCUCCUUGUCAGCUUGUCCCCACGCUGCACCCUCCCUGAACUUGGGUGGGGGGGCUGCUGCUGGUCUUUGGAAGGAGGCUGAGGAAUGUGGGUGAUAGUUGCUAAGUGAAAGCUGCGCUGCCAUCUCUGAUAAUUCACAGUCUCCGUGGGUGUGAGUCUCGGGCCAACACUAAGCAGAACCUUUCACAAGACUGAGAGAAAAAGCACCCGCAGAAAGAGAGAGACUCUUUCUGCACAGAGUUGAAGAAAUAUAUAUAUUUAAAAGAAAAAAAACACAAACAUCAUCUUCCACGCACAAGAAGUGAAUAAUGACUGCUCUUUAACAGCAACAUGAAGUCAGGAGAGCCACAAAAAACACCUGCAUGAGCAUCAUGGGAAAAUUUAUCUUUCAUAUUAUUCAAUCAAAAACUUUUCAUCUGACAGUUUGGGCAUAAAAAACAAUAAACUCUUACUAAACUCAAGAUAGUAAGAGUGAAACAUUUACAUCCUCUCUGCUAAUGUUAUGUGUUUGCAUGCAUGCACGAGUGUCGGCACUUUGGCGAGCAAAAUGAGGACAUCCAUUUUUCAGCGCACAAAGGAAAAUUAAGACAGGCGUUCGGUUUGGCAUCUGCAGAAUGGAACACACAGAAAAUCUGAGUCAGAUUAGGAUUUUUAGGUGUUAAAUGAAAUUGGCUCAGGAGUGCUGACUGUUUUAGUCGGAGACUGUCUGGUUUUGUCAUCACACAGGGAGGCGUGUUCACUUUCUAUUGUGGCACUGACUACUUUAAUUUAUUGAUAUUGUGUUAGGCAAUAUUUUAUAUUAUCAUUUUAAAAUAGAGGAUAAGAGAAGAUUGACCCAGUGAUCUAAAACUAACUGUGUGUAGUUGGGUUUUUAUUUUUGGUCUUGAAAGCUGUAGACAUGGAGUUGGCGUCAAAAGGAGCCAAUGACACCAGUAAAUCUUCAGCAUAUACAUAUAUUUUUUUACUAUUUUUGUUUGCAGUGUGUCAUUUGUACACUUGAUUAAACUUAAAUUCUAGCUGCAAAAAGAGUUAGCUGAAUGUUUUAAUGCAGUGUUAAUGCAGAUGUUUCCCUGCUCCAACACACCUGAUUCAAAUGAUCAGCUCGUUAUCAAGCUCUGGAAUGGCUUAAUAACGAGCUGAUCAUUUGAAUCAGGUGUGCUGGAGCAGGGAAACAUCCAAAACAUGCAGGACAGGGGGGCUCGAGGACUGGCCUUGAGAACAACUGUUUUAAUGGAAAAUAAGGAUAACCACACUGUGAAUGUUAUUAGGAUUUUGUGUAGAAGAACAACAAAUAUGCAACAAGAACAGACUUUUGACACCGCCGUAUCUUCAACUGUUCGAUAGAAAACUUCACAAGAUGAUCCACAAUCCUGAUUGUAGUCUGUCUGCCCUCCAAAUAUCACACUACAUUUGUUAGUUUAACAGCCAUAAUAUUAGAAACACCUGGUUAAUCUUAAGGGGUGGGAGAAAAAAUCAGUACAGCAUAGUAUCGCCAUAUUUUGUCUGGUGAUAUAUCGUAUCGUCUCAUUUACCAAGUAUCGAUUUUUCAAAUUGAUGUAUGAUAAUGGAAAAGUAAAAUCAACUGUUGGUCCAGUGACGUCGGCAGAGGUGACAUCAUAGAGCAGCAGAAAGUUAGUACAACAAAUAUAUAUAAGGUUUGCAUGAUGUACUACAAGAAGAUAAAAUAGUGUAAAUAAGACAAACAUGAGGGAAAGAUGAAUGUAAAAUUAGCUAAACAGUUGAAAAAAUUGUAUAAAUCGCAAUAAUAUUGUAUCGUGGCCCAAGUAUAGUGAUAAUAUCAUAUUGUGGGGUUACUGGUGAUUCCCACUCCUAAUAAUCUAAUGUCAUACAAUACAAAAGCUCCCCGAUCAGGUCUGCUUUGCUGCUUUUAGAAUGUUUGUAAACCUGCACUUGAUCGCCUACGUAUUCAUGAUGUUCACCACUUUUUCUGUCAUCAAUUCCCCACAUUUCAAUCUUGUAAAAUUCCCACAAAUGUACGUCUUUUUUUCUAAGAAUAUCAAGAAAACGUUGCAUCGUUAAUGGGUUUCUAAUCCUCCGUCAUACUCAAAGAUGCUGUGAACUUUUCCACAACUGUCCUAUACGGCCCUUUCGUUCUUAUAUAGUUCUUUCCCAGUCUGACAUGAGGGCCUGUUUGCCUUAAAAGUCAAUGUUUACAGACUCACUGUCAGGACCAUAGGCUUCCUGCUAAAGUAAAUGGCGCCCUCGCUAAUCCAUCAUAAAGGAGAGGAAAAAUUAUAAAUAAAGCUCCAUUGGGAUUGUACGUUAAGUUCCAUCAGCCCCCCUCUCUCGUUUCUUAUCCUCCCUUUCUGGGCUGUCUUGAAGAUGUUCGCUUUGGAGGGUUUGAUCAGGUGUGGAGAGGUGAUGGGUGGAAGAGGGUGCUGCUGAUGAGGCAUGGUGUAAACUCCUAUCCCUGUACCGGUCGAUCACCUACAUGGCAGAGAUGUAAAACAGAGAGAUCAGCAUUAAUGCAGCAACACAAGCAUACAGCCACGCUGGUCAUUUAUUGAUCAAGCCUGCAUAUCCUCUCUAAGCUGUAGGGGGCUUUUUGAGGCAAAAUAGAUUUUAAUCUAUGUUGGGCAGAAUGGCCAGUAUUAGUCCUGUUCUGCCCGUCCUGUCUAGAUCAGCGCAGCUCUUACAUAAUGCCAUUUUGAUAUCCAGGGAUUAAUCCGAGGUCCUCUUCACAGACUGGCUGGCUGCUUCCAUCAUGUCGCCUCGGGGGAAAUGAUGACUGCUUUUAUGAAAAAAAAGGUGAAUGUUGAGUCACGUGAUGUUCGAUUUCUGGUUGUUUAAGAACAAUAUCCCCCAUAAUUUAGUUGGACUUGAUCAUACUCAUAACUCCUAAAAGACAUAGAGUAAGCACUUAGCCGUAAAAACCAGCAUUAAACAGGCCUUCACGAUAUGGUAAUGAGUAUGGAGUUAAAACAAAUGAGUGUGUUGUUCAGGACAGAGGACAUGGGCAGGUGCAGCAGCCUCACACUAGGAGCGUGUCUGUGUCUGUCUGUCUGUGUGUGUGUGCAGGACAGGUAGCACGGCUGCUAAAGAGGUGGAGAGCUGUUGCGUAAACACAGGACCUUACUGUGUACUCUGUAAACCCACCGGCUUCAACCCUCUUGAGAAAGGCAAGCAAUUAGUCUGAGGCUGAGACCUCACACACACACACACACACACACACACGGGGCGUGAAUCUGGAUGUAUGGACAAGUAUGGUGGCUGAAGCUCGUCGCAUGUGAAGAGGUAGAAGUCUUUGAAUGAGCACAGGUAGACUGACAGGAGGCAUUCACCUGCGGACAGUGGGCAGGUUUCACUUUUGUCUGGUGGCUGUUUUUGCUUGAUCAGUGUGAGUAAUGUAAACAGAGCCGAGCGCUCCGAGCCAUCUGCCUAAUGUCAGUGUGGCCCAUAUCUGUCUCUCUCUUUCUCUCUCUCUCUCCCUCUAUCACUCUUUCUCUGCACUUAUUCCUGUACUCUUCCUAUCAUCCUCACAUUCUCUUUCCUUCCUCAUCCUGCUCCUUACCACUCAUUUCCUCUCCUCCCCUCAACAUCUGUCAGUCUUACAUCUUAUCUGCGCUGUCCAUUAUGCUGCUGUUCUAUUUUUAGCCCCGCCCCUUGUUUGCUUUCUUGCAAAACUCAUCCGUCCGUCACCCAUCUGUUUUCUAUUCUUGUGCCUGAUGCUCAGUAAACUAUGUUACCUCGGGUCACCUUUACCCUCCAUUGCCGCUCGUGUUAUGCUUUUACGGCGAGCAAAUAUGUUUUCAUCCGGUCAAGCUUGACGCUCUUUGACACACUUCUUUUGAUGGUAUUAUUUAUAUUGUAAAUAGUGAGAUGUGAGGCAGAUGAGUUAUAACUCUGGAAACAACAAAUUUCAUUAUUUAUUAUGUAUUAGAGUCAGAGGGUGAAUGACAGGUCCAGGAGAUCACUUACAGACGGAGUGCAUCAUGUCUAGGUGCUGCUUAUUCAGUGCAUGACCCCAGCCAGGACACGGACAGCAGGACAAGGCACACAGUGGCCUGGUGGCAAGGUCAUCACAGAAGCUUUAUGGGUAUUUUUAUAUUCAAAAGGCUUUCAAGAUGACAUAAUUUCUAGAUUUAUAUCUGAUUAUCUUACAGAUUUUGAUUUGUAACUAAAAGUGUUCACGUCGGUUUUACUCAAUUCAAGAUUUUAUUUAAAAACAUAGACUUCUUUUUUUUUUGUUUUACUGAUUCUAAAGAAACUUCAUGAACAAGUAGUAUAAAAACUUCUAAUAUAAGGAGAAGGCUGUAGGGUAAAUACUGCAGCUUGUCACCAGGGGGAGCACCUGAAGGUUUGGCGAUGCUUAGGAGGAGCUGUUUUGCCGCCCGUCAUGGGGAGAAUCAUGUUGCAGUGUGAUUCCACUCUGGAUUUAGAUUGAUAGCUAAAUACCUGAUCAUGUUGCUCACAUGAUUCUGAACCCAGAAUAACAGGUUUAAAAAUACUGCUUUAGUGUAAAUAGAGUAUGACUUGUUUUCCUUGAGAUGGAAUGAGAAAGGCAGCAGUUUGAGUCUUCGCAGCCGAUCCAAUUCUCAGACCCAAACAGUGGAUUUACAGCUUGUUAUUUCUUUGUAAUUUUUUUGUCUUUUAAUGAAGGAAUUUACCGGUCAAACACGUGAGAUGUACUCCAGGCUUAUGUCUGGAAACUGAAACAGAGCCAGAGAUGUAUACUUGUGAGAAAUGAAUCAUUGUACUGCUGUGUUGAGACGGCACCAGCAGUUAUCUUACAUUUAUGCCUCAGUUAGUCAGAGAUUCUUACCUCAGUGUUCGAAGAAUGCACCUUCCUCCCCUGUGUCUUUAAGCUCUAUGACCUCCUCCUUCCCUCCCUCCCUCCCUUCCUCUCUCCAGGUGAGCGCUAAUGUCCUGAUCUUUCUGUGCACUAACAUCAUCGGUAUCUGUACGCACUACCCCGCUGAGGUUUCCCAGAGACAAGCCUUCCAGGAGACCAGAGGAUACAUCCAGGCCAGACUACACCUUCAGAGAGAAAAUCAACAACAGGUUGGCCUGAAUACAGACACACAUGCAGAUACACAUGUCUACACAAACAUAUGAGCAAAAUUCAAGACGGCGACUUUAUUUUCCGCCACUUAUCCCUGGAAAAACUAUUACUUUUUGUAAUUAGACCUUUACCGAGGACAUCUACUUACUCCUUUCCUUCUUACCACUGUCCAACAUCCUACUUCCUUCCUCUUUUGCUGUUGCUGCUUUUUUUUUCUGUUAUCUAACUCCACAGGUAACAUUACCUGUUACUUUUAUCUGUUGACAGCACCUCUGACACACAGAGUCAAAGUGGCAGAAAAUCUGAUUAAAACACUUUUUUUUUCUCAAUUAGGAUACCAAUAUUUGGCAUAAAAAUCGUAUUGAUUGUGGGAAAUUAAUGUUUUGAUAUUGAGUAGGGUGACCAUAUUCUGAAUCCCCAAAAAGAGGGUAUGACUACAUGAGGGUAGAGUCGUGCAUACUUCAUUUUGAGAGUUUUUCGGGUAGGAUCAAGUGUUUUUUAAGUGCUUUUAACUCAAUUAGUCCACGCGACACAAACUCAAAACUUCCAUACAAAACCCCGGACAUUUGAAUGAUUUUACAAACUCCCUCAGGACAAAGCCGGACAGGCCGGACAGCCCCCAAAAAAGAGGACAUGUCCGGGUAAAAGAGGGCGAUUGGUCACCCUAAUAUGGAGCCUUUACCCAAAGAGUGAGAAGGCUUUGGUGAGAAGGAAAAAUCAUAGUGAAGAGUUGCUUUUCAGGUGUCAUAGUGAGACAGAUCAACUAAAAAUAAACCACAGGAACCUCCGCCAGCGCUCCUGUUUAUCUCACUUGUGUGUUUAACGUCGGUAUUUCAUAACAAUUAAGUUCUAUUAAGCGGAGAAACAAGACGUAUAAGGCUUUGCUUGAAAAGUCAAUUAUCAUGGUAUCAAUUUAAAGGGAAAAGUCCUAAAUCUGACCACAACACACGAGACACAUUUUCAGUUCAGAAAACCCUGUAACACUUGAUCCACUGAACAUAAACAGCAACAUUAUGAGUGACAUGAUCUGCAUUUUGUUUCUUUUUCAUGUGUUUUCCAGGAACGUCUGUUGCUUUCAGUGUUGCCAAGGCAUGUUGCCAUGGAGAUGAAGGCUGACAUCAAUGCCAAGAAGGAAGACAUGAUGUUUCAUAAGAUCUAUAUCCAGAAACACGACAAUGUCAGGUCAGACGAGACUCUUGGCCUCUGUGCUUUGUUUCACGAUCCACCCGUGAAUAUGGAUCAUUGAGUCAAUUUCUGAAUCACUAUAGCUGGAUCAGUUUUAUUAUGUAUGUAUCAUAUCAUAUAAACGUCAGCACAUAUACAUACAUCAUAAGAGGAAGUGUUGAACUCUUUAAAUUCAACACAGUACAAACAUUUGUCCCAAACACACACACACAAGCACACAGAAACAUAUAUAUUAGUGAGCUCACAGAGUCAGAAGAGGGUAGAGAGGUUUGGCAGAGUGGAGGCUAAUUAACACUAGUGAGGGAAUACUUAAUCACCAGCAGCCAAGAUAAGAUAAUCCCCAAAGAUGGAGAGCUUCAGCACACAUUCAAUUACAGCACUGAGCAAACACACCACACAGUCCCUAUGCCCCUCAUACACACACAUACACACACACACACACUACACAGAUCUCCUUCAGAGGACAUUAAGGUCACACUCCCUGCCUCUCUCAAGGUUAGCCGCUCUAAUAAAAUGCUAAAAUCAAGUAAUGCUGCUCGUACUAAAGCUGGAUCGUUGACGGUCGAAUCUUAAUGAGGGUGUCUGAUUUUGAGAAUUAAUGUUUCCUUUUCUCUUUCUUGAUCGUUUCCUCAGUAUCCUGUUUGCAGACAUCGAGGGUUUUACCAGCCUGGCCUCUCAGUGCACAGCUCAGGAGCUGGUCAUGACACUCAACGAACUCUUUGCCCGCUUUGAUAAGUUGGCAUCGGUAAGCAGCUGAAAGAAAUUGAACUCUAUUUAGAAAGUAGCUCCAGAUCUGCUGAAUUUAUACUCCUUUUUCGUCAGUUUGGCUUUGUUGUUUGUGAGAACUCUCAGGAACUUACCUUAAACACAUGUAUCUCAGAGAUUUUCUGAUUCUCUCUCUCAACUUGAAAUACUUCAGUUUAAGUAAGUAGGUAGGGAGUGUAAAAAGAAAAGCAGGAGUCUUCAGUGUGUCAGUGUUAACAUCACGACAGCACAUAUUAGACAUUUCCACCAGACAAACACGACAGUGACAACUGAGGUGGGCAGCGAAAAGUAUGAGGCAGCAAAACUGCUAAACGUGAACAAUGUCAUCAGCCCGCCCACACGCACAGUGAGUGUUUUGUGAAACUAUCAGCUGCUGCAUUCACACAUCAGCUCAACCUGACUUUAGAUAUUCAUUUUAAAAGACAGGUAAAAAGUCUGCAGGAUAAACCUUUUUGUUGAGGCUGGGAAGAAAAGCCUGGCUAUCAACCGGAUCAUCUUUAUCAUUCAAUUUUGGAACAAACUUGAAGCAAAGCAAACCUCUGGGUCUAAGUUUACACUCUGUUUGGAAAUUUACUGAUCAGCCGAGUGGGUCUGUAAUUUCAGAGUCAUCAUAGAUAUGGAUAUUUCUGCAUAUCAGUUUGGACUUUGAGAGCCAAUUCCUUCAAGUUAUCCAGCUUACACAGUAACGGCUAUAGAGUGUGUCAUUACAGCUCAGUCUGCAGAGUAUUUUGAUAAGGUAAACAAAUCCAUGUGGACUACAGGUUGUGCCAUUACGCCAUGAGGGAAGAGCUCUUAAUUUGAAGUCGCUCCUCCAUUUGGCUUUCUGGUUUUCUGAUUCAACUUCUGAAUAUUCAAAAAAGUCAGUAAAAACAGUGGCAUACAGAAAGGCAGGGAACCUACUGUACUGUUGUGACUGCUUUACAGCUGAUCAAGCGGAGGAACACGUCAAAAAAAUAGUGCAAAAACACAAGGACUUCCUGAAGGCAUAGGAAAACUCUGAAAGUUAAAAAAACGAGCGUACACUUCCACCAAUAACACUUUGGUUGGAGUUUAGCAAAAAACUAGUUACUCCAAACAAGUACCUGGUACAACCUCAUAUAACAAAAACAGGAAGUAUCCCUUUGAAAGAGUACAUAAACUAAGUAUAUUUUUCAAGUAACUGAAUAAAAACAGCUGUAAAGAGAUGGGUGUGUUUUUCAAACUACUGAGAGUUUCAGUGGACCUGACAUUUUUGGGUCAAGUUAGUUUCAGAUAUUUGUUGUAUUAAACUGAACGCCGCUUCACUCAAGUGUUUGGUUCUGACCCAGUGGACCAGCAUGGAGCAAACCUGUCCCAGAAGACCUGAGCAGUCUAGAUACUCAGUAGUUUACCUCAAGCUCAGUCAUUUAUUUGAAGCUGUUUGUGGGUCACAGAUAGAUGGUAGAGGAGUGACUGCAAACUGAUCUUAUUCUCUGCCGAACGGUCAGUGUUUCUGCAAAUGUGUUUCUAAUUUUAUUACUUUCCAACUCUUGCCCUCCCUCUCCAGGAGAACCAUUGUCUACGUAUUAAAAUUUUGGGUGAUUGUUACUACUGCGUAUCUGGGCUCCCUGAACCCCGGGCUGACCACGCUCACUGCUGUGUGGAGAUGGGUGUCGACAUGAUCGAGGCCAUCUCGUGAGUGCAGCUAUCAUUUCUUGAAGCUUUUAAUGCGGUCAGCCAAAGCAUUGACACUCAACUCUCCGUGCUGUGUGUCUGCAGGCUGGUGCGAGAAGUGACGGGGGUCAACGUGAACAUGCGAGUUGGCAUUCACAGUGGGCGUGUGCACUGCGGUGUGCUGGGACUCAGGAAGUGGCAGUUUGAUGUGUGGUCGAAUGAUGUCACACUGGCGAAUCACAUGGAGGCGGGAGGCAAAGCAGGGUGAGGAAAUUCAUUUAUUUAUUUAUUUGAUAUCAGGGGACAGUCGUGCUUUAACUCAGAGGAUGAAUAGAGAAGGACACUUACAAAACGGGUGUUCAACAUAGGGUCACUGGUUUGAUUUGAGGCCCACCAGUGAGGAGAUUUCGGCCAGUACUAAAGAUAAGAUAAGAUCAGAUGACUGUCCAGCUGCACUUUAUGCAGGGUUCCUACACAGUUGGAAUUCCAUACUUUUUCAUACCCUAAUUUUUAGAUUUAUUUUUUGGUAAUAUUUACUUUUCUAUUUUACAAAACAGUAUUUAAGAACUUUGGUAAUAGUCUGGAAACAUAAAUAUUUUUCCAACCUUAAUUUUUCAUUUUUUUUUAUUUUUUAUUUUUUUUCAAAUUUAAUUUAAUUAAUUAAUUUAUUUUUAUUUAACAACAAAACAGAGUGACAACAACAACAAAAACAACAACAACCAAAAAAAAUAAAAGAUAAAAAAUUAACAAAAAUACUUUUGUGAGGGAGGAGAGGGGGAAAGAAUUUAUAUAAUAUAUAAUAGAGAAUUUAAAAAGAAAAAAACAAAAUCUUAAUUGGAUUACAUCUAUAUAAUUAUAUAUAUAUAUAUAUAUAUAUAUAUAUAUAUAUAUAUAUAUAUAUAUAUAUAUACACUCACCGGCCACUUUAUUAGGUACACCAUGCUAGUAACGGGUUGGACCCCUUUUGCCGUCAGAACUGCCUCAAUUCUUCGUGGCAUAGAUUCAACAAGGUGCUGGAAGCAUUCCUCAGAAAGCUUGGUCCAUAUUGACAUGAUGGCAUCACACAGUUGCCGCAGAUUUGUCGGCUGCACAUCCAUGAUGCGAAUCUCCCGUUCCACCACAUCCCAAAGAUGCUCUAUUGGCUUGAGAUCUGGUGACUGUGGAGGCCAUUUGAGUACAGUGAACUCAUUGUCAUGUUCAAGAAACCAGUCUGAGAUGAUUCCAGCUUUAUGACAUGGCGCAUUAUCCUGCUGAAAGUAGCCAUCAGAAGUUGGGUACAUUGUGGUCAUAAAGGGAUGGACAUGGUCAGCAACAAUACUCAGGUAGGCUGUGGCGUUGCAACGAUGCUCAAUUGGUACCAAGGGGCCCAAAGAGUGCCAAGAAAAUAUUCCCCACACCAUGACACCACCACCACCAGCCUGAACCGUUGAUACAAGGCAGGAUGGAUCCAUGCUUUCAUGUUGUUGACGCCAAAUUCUGACCCUACCAUCCGAAUGUCGCAGCAGAAAUCGAGACUCAUCAGACCAGGCAACCUUUUUCCAAUCUUAUAUUGUCCAAUUUCGAUGAGCUUGUGCAAAUUGUAGCCUCAGUUUCCUGUUCUUAGCUGAAAGGAGUGGCACCCGGUGUGGUCUUCUGCUGCUGUAGCCCAUCUGCCUCAAAGUUCGACGUACUGUGCAUUCAGAGAUGCUCUUCUGCCUACCUUGGUUGUAACGGGUGGUUAUUUGAGUCACUGUUGCCUUUCUAUCAGCUCGAACCAGUCUGGCCAUUCUCCUCUGACCUCUGGCAUCAACAAGGCAUUUCCGCCCACAGAACUGCCGCUCACUGGAUAUUUUUUCUUUUUCGGACCAUUCUCUGUAAACCCUAGAGAUGGUUGUGCGUGAAAAUCCCAGUAGAUCAGCAGUUUCUGAAAUACUCAGACCAGCCCUUCUGGCACCAACAACCAUGCCACGUUCAAAGUCACUCAAAUCACCUUUCUUCCCCAUACUGAUGCUCGGUUUGAACUGCAGGAGAUUGUCUUGACCAUGUCUACAUGCCUAAAUGCACUAAGUUGCCGCCAUGUGAUUGGCUGAUUAGAAAUUAAGUGUUAACGAGCAGUUGGACAGGUGUACCUAAUAAAGUGGCCGGUGAGUGUAUAUAUAUAUAUAUAUGUAUAUGUAUACACACGCACAUACAUAGAUACACACAUAUACAUAUAUGUACACAUACACACACACACACACACACACACACACACAUACAAUCCCCCCGAAUCACCGACACAACAGCGACAAUACAACAACCACAACAGCAUCAAUAAUAACAAUAAUAGUAAUUUUCAAUACUUUUUAAGAUCUGGAAAUUCAAAGUUAUUUCCAUACUUUUCCAUACUUUCCAUACUUGCGUAGGAACCCUCUUUAUGGUUUGGCUGAAUUAAGGUUUUGCAUGUUUCUUUCAUUUAAACAGAUUGAGAAUGAGCAGAUUUUCAGUCAACUUCUUUCAUACUUUUGAUUCUACAGGAGGAUCCACAUCACUAAGGCCACCUUGCAGUAUCUAAACGGAGAUUACGAGGUGGAGCCCGGUUUCGGAGGAGAGAGAAAUGCAUACCUCAAGGAGAACAGCAUCGAGACCUUUUUAGUCCUCGGCUGCAGCCAGAAACGGGUCAGCACACACCAAACACACACCCCAAUAUGCUGAAUAGGUUUUUUAAUCAUGGAAAAAAAAUGCUAAUUAUAACCAGGAAUAACGCUGCGGGUAAUAUUUUUGAACAGUCUUUUAGCACAUCCUUCAGAGAAUGCCGACCUUACAUUUUUCACACAUAAGGAGAUAUGUGACAAAUGAAUCUUUGAUUUGAAAAAAGAGCCUGAGAAUAAACAAAUAGAGAAGCAUAUGUUUCCAUCCUGCAGUGACUCUACACAUGAUAUAUAAUAUAAAGAGUACCACAUGGGGCAUAUGCUGCUCAUCAACACGAUCAGAAAAUAUUCGCUAUAUGAACUUUUGCUGCGUCAAGCUAGUCAAAGUGAUUUAUAGGUGAACUGUGAACAAUCGCACGGAACUGUAGAUGCAAAAAUAAUAACAGAUGAGAACGGACGGAUCUGUGAAUGAAGUAAUCUUGUGGAUCCUCAAGUGACUGCACACUUCCCUCGUGGGCGUAAGAAACACUAGAAUGAGUGAAUGAAUGAAGGCUUCAGAUACUUGUAUUGUCACUGACUGUGCUGUUCGAUAACAGUUGGUCAAGUUUUUUCAUGUUCUUCCCUCCGAGCAGAAGGAGGAGAAGGCGAUGAUGGCGAAGAUGCAGCGAACAAGAGCCAACUCUAAUGAGGGGUUGAUGCCGCGCUGGGUACCCGACAGAACCUUCGCCAGGACCAAAGACUCCAAAGUCUUCAGACAAAUGGUGAGUCCACGUUAAAACCCCCUCAGUGACAGAGCACAGCCUGCAAGCUUCUCUCUGAGUCAUAUAUGUCUUUUUCUCUCUCUCUUAGGGGAUUGAUGAGACCUCCAGUAAAGACAAGUGAGUACUGGCGCUCAGUGGAUUCACUUUUAAAAACCCCGUCUUCGCCUAGCGGGAUUUCUUUUGACCCCUUUCUCUUACUUGUCUUGCAGCCGUGGUGUUCAGGAGGCCAUGAACCCUGAAGAUGAGGUGGAUGAAUUUCUCGGGCGUGCCAUUGAUGCUCGCAGUAUCGACCAGCUAAGAAAGGACCACGUGAAGAAGUUUCUGCUCACCUUUCAGACCUCGAGCCUGGAGAAAAAGGUCCAGAUAAAAAUCCUUGAUAAUCAUUUGAUUCAUCUUUAAAUAUAAACCACAUCUGGAGGAUAAAACCCUCUGCUCCUCAUAUCAAUCUGACAAUUAUUUUCUCCUUUUUUUUGUUGUAGUAUUCCAAAAAAGUGGACGACCGGUUUGGAGGCUAUGUCGCCUGUACUCUCCUAGUAUUCUGCUUCAUAUCAUUCAUACAGAUUGUUGUCUUUCCACAGUGAGUACUUGAUGAAUUCACGUACUUUAGAUUCUCCAGUUUACAACAUCUUUCAUUUGGGUCAUGUGGUUUGAAAUGUUAAAAAAAAUUACUAAUUUCCCUAUUUUUGGUCCACAUAUUGCAAUUUUAACUGUAAGUCUGCUUUAAAAUUUCUGACAUGAUGGGGGAAAUAAAAAUCUUCUGUUUAGCUUAAAAAAAAUUCAUGGGUUUAAAAAAGCACACCUAAAAACUGAAGAUUAUUAAAUUUUAAUGUGAUAUCAUAAUGUAUUUUUAUAUGUGCUGUUAAAGUAAAACAAAGAAUACUUCUUAUUUGUCCUAUUAUCUUCAAUAGGACUACAACUCCCAUGAUGGCACAGCAUCUUUCAGCGCCAUCAGGCAGAUUAAUGCUGCAUUCAAGUUACCUCGGAAGUCAGAUGUCCGAGCUGGGAAUGACAUCACACCUGAGUUACCAGCGUUUCAGUUACCAAGUCGGAAAAAAGAAAAAUGGUGUCGGAAAUAAGAUGGCUACUUCUAUGAAAGUUAUUUUAGCGCUUGUUAUUUUAGUUAUUUUAAAUCCCCCUUCGUAGAUGUAGCUAUCUUUUUCCGCCUCAGAUUUUGCUUUUUUCAGACAUGGUAACUGAAACGCUGGUAACUCGGGUGUCACAUAAUUCCCAGCUCAGACAUCUGACUUCCGAACGCAGCAUGAGACCCCUGUAAAUUAUAGACACCACAUGCAGUAAUUUAUCCCCCUCUUCUUUCACAUUUCUAACCGUCAAAGUUUUAAAAAAAAGUCUUUAAUUGACAGAUGAAUAUUAAAAAUUUGUUAUGAAAGCAUUCUUCAUGUUUGUCUAUAACUGUAUCAACUGAAUUCUGUCUCCUUUCUUGCAGCACUCCAGUCAUGCUGGGAAUCUACAUCAGUAUCUUCAUCAUACUGGCCAACAUCCUUUUCAUCUGUGCCAUUUAUUCAUGCAUCAAGGUAGCCAACUUACACACAGACAGAUAUUUUGCACAUACAUCCUUACACAAAUGUGUUUUUAAGAGUUUUUUAAAUAAGGGAUAAUGUAUAGUGAGCUGAUGUUUUUGUGAAAUGAAAUCCCGACAGGGCGAGACGAGACCUGGAGGUGAAAGGUUUUAUCUUUCCAAAAAGAUUGAGAGUAAAAUGAGAAAUGUCCUCCAUGUUUUCCCCUGAAGAUGAAGUCAUGUUUGUUGACUGUGUGUGAGCAGGAUGCCCCUCUAACACCUGUUGCUUUCAGGUUUUGACCAAUCAGAAUCAUGUAUUCAACACGGCAGGGUGCUAAUGCGUAACAACGGUUCGUGUUUCCUCCUGCAGCUCUUUCCAGCUGCCAUGCAGACUGUUUCAAAGAAGAUUGUCCAGUCUCGCACCAACAGCACCCUGGUUGGAGUGUUUACCAUCAUCCUCGUUUUCAUCUCUGCCUUUGUUAAUAUGGUGAGUGACGGCAUACCCAAACAAAGAGGCCGCACAUCCUCGCAGUAAACCAAUCGAACACGAUGUAAAUCAUGCUAAACACACGCUUGUUUGUGUUUGUGCAGUUUGCUUGCGACACUAAGAGCUUGGCGCAAUGCGUAGCCGAGAAGCUGAACACAACCGCGAACCUGGUGACGCCCUGUUUGAUCCGCAGCUUGAAUGUUUCUGUUGAAGGGGGUCUAGAGAUCUGUCCCAGCCAGGGCCCUUCCUGCCCCUUUCCUGAGGUGAGUUCAUCGUUACGUCACCACUUCAUUGUUCCCCGCACGACUGGUUGAGCCGUUUCAAAGUGAAAAUGUCACAUUUGCAUUUGUUUUUCCAUGAGAUCUAUUGAUAAUAAACGCCUCUUGUGACACUGCUCUUCUGUUUUUCAGUAUUUCAGCUACAGUGUGCUGCUGACGCUGCUGGCCUGCUCGGUGUUCCUGCAGAUCAGCAGCAUAGGGAAGCUGGUCCUCAUGCUGCUCAUCCAGCUCACCUUCCUGCUGCUGGUGGAGUGGCCACAAGUAGCACUAUUCGACAACGCAGACCUCUUUGUCACCUCAAAUGCCAUGUAAGUCUCUCAUAUAACAUACUAAUGACAGGAUUUAGAUGUGCUGCAUUUGAAAGUUAAAUCACUUCAUCCUUACUGCAGAGGUUAAGUCCACGUUAGUGUUAAACAGAAAGACAGAAACCAUUUCUUUUUGUGUGGAGGCAGCGUUCCAGCCCACAUGCACUAAACAGUGGUAUAUUAUAUUCUUUAAAGGCGUUCAGCAUGAUUUUACUCUGCAAACAAACUAUCCAAAAAGUUUCAUGUUCGAGUUACUCUUUCAAAAUUGUGUCGUUUAAAGUAGCGAUAGACAGACAAAAUGAAUGACUCUGAAUGUACAAGUUAUUUUUCAAAUGUUUAUCAAUGAACUGUUUUUCUAACCACAUUUAUUUUCUUUUUUAGCGAUUUAAAUGAAACUAGUGCUCAAUGGUAAGAAGUUUAUUUGUAUUUAGAUUGAAAAACACACCUCAUACAUGAAUGAAGCAUCAAGGUUUAACUUUUAUGUUGACCAGAUUUUUCUUUAUCCUCAUAUUUUCAGGUCCAGUUCCAACGAAACUACAAAUCAGUGGUGAGAUAACAUUCAGUGUGACUUUGGAAGUUUUUAAAAUCUCAGUUUCUCUCAUUUUUAAGUUUCCUUUUUUUUUCCGACCAUGUGUUUGUCACCCUGCAGCCCGUUUGUUGUGACCAAAGUAUCCCUGAGGGUCAUGACUCCGGUGAUCCUCACUGUCUUUGUCCUGGCACUGUACCUGCACGCCCAGCAGGUUGAAUCUACCGCACGCCUUGACUUCCUGUGGAAAUUACAGGUAUGGAACAGCCCACAAGAGGGCGCCAUCCUACCGUUGAAAUGUCAAACUAAAUGGAAAAAAGCUUAAAUUUUUCCAUCCAUAAAGAUAAUCACUGAUUUGAAGUACUUGAAUAGAAUAUUUUUAGUGUUGUCUAGACAAUAAGCUGCCUCAUCUAUAAAGGAGUCUCUAAUAAAAACCUCCACUGCUAGGCCACCGAGGAGAAGGAGGAGAUGGAGGAGCUGCAAGCCUACAAUCGCCGCCUCCUUCAUAAUAUCCUGCCGAAGGAUGUGGCUGCUCACUUUUUAGCACGUGAGCGGCGUAACGACGAGCUCUACUACCAAUCCUGCGAGUGUGUGGCCGUCAUGUUCGCCUCCAUCAGCAACUUCUCUGAGUUCUACGUGGAGCUGGAGGCCAACAACGAGGGAGUGGAGUGCCUGCGGCUGCUCAACGAGAUCAUUGCUGACUUUGACGAGGUAAACCUACCACAGUGAAAGUAAGAUCUGACUAAUACUUUUAACGAUUUGAAAAUUACACAAAUGUCCGUACUGUAUGUUCCCAGAUCAUCAGCGAGGAGAAAUACAGGCAGCUAGAAAAGAUCAAGACCAUCGGCUCCACCUACAUGGCGGCUUCAGGUCUCAAUGACUCCACCUACGAUAAGGAGGGCCGUUCUCAUAUCACCGCACUGGCCGAUUACGCCAUGAGACUGAGGGAGCAGAUGAAAUACAUCAACGAGCAUUCCUUCAACAACUUCCAGAUGAAGAUAGGUGAGCUAAGAUCAUGUGUGGAAUCCCAAAAGUAAUCAACCUGUGUUUCACAGCUCUGUAUUCGUCAUGUGUCACACGUUGUUGAUGCUUUUGCUGCGAAUUUUCAGGUCUGAAUAUCGGGCCAGUGGUAGCUGGGGUUAUUGGUGCACGGAAACCCCAGUAUGAUAUUUGGGGAAACACAGUUAAUGUGGCCAGUCGUAUGGACAGCACAGGAGUACCAGACUGCAUACAGGUAGGCUUUAUAUAGUUACAAUGAGGUUUAAGUAUGAACACAUUUUGAGUCUGUUUGUAUUAUUUGUGGCCUGGUAACAUCUUAUAGAAAGCAUCAGGAUGUUUGACGCUUAAAAACAUGAAAUGAAGCCCUCUCCAUAAACCUCAAAACUCAUAUCUUAUCAGUUGAUUAUUAACCCAGCGUCAUAUAAAUCUGCUCACAGGUGACCACAGACCUCUACCAAGUGCUCGCAAACAAAGGGUACGUGCUCGAGUGUCGCGGGGUCGUUAAGGUCAAAGGCAAAGGGGAAAUGACGACCUACUUCCUGAAUGAUGCGCCGCCCAACAGUUAG